UAUAUCCUCAUUCCUAAAUUCGCACGCUACCCGUUACAUGCUUCUGCAAUCAAAACCUCUUUUAUCCGUACGCACGUUACCACUGCCACCCGUUGAUUGAUGCUAACAUGAGCACUGUGUACUCUCCACUCCCAUUCACAACUUAUGAAUCCCGUCACUAAUAUACCACCACCACCACCACCACUACAACCACCGCUCCAGCCACCCCAAUCACCAUCGUCAUCCUCCUGUCCCCAACACCCCGACGAUACCUUCCAUGGGUUCUGCCCUUCUUGUCUCCUCGAACGUCUCUCCUUCGUAGACCAAUCCUCCAUUACUCUCAACAAACCCAAUGAAGAAGAAGUAAAAAACAUGAGCGAUUUAGAGAACGAUAUUUUGGAAAUGGAAGCUAAAAUAGAUACAAUUGUUCACAAUUUGAAGUCUAUAAACGACCACAUACAUCUUGAUGAUGCACCCUCAACGAAGUCAAACUUCUGGCCAACGUCAGUUUGGACCAAAAAAUGGCAAAAAUGGAGACACAAACAUAAACAGAAACAGAAACAGAAGAACAAAGAUGGUGUAGACAGAAACGGCGUCGUUUUAUCAAGUAAACUGCCGGAUUGUCAUGACACUCAUUCAGAAAUAGCGGAUUACGGGUUCGGGCGGAGAUCCUGCGACACUGGUCCGAGGUUUUCUCUUGAUGCGGGUCGGGUUUCGGUUGACCGGGUCAAGGGUUCAUGGGAUGGGUAUUUGGUGGGAAGGAGUUUCCCAAAGUUGGAAGAUGGAAAAAUACCACAACUAGCAGAAGUGAAUAUACCGGGUGGGUCGAUCCAGACCCGGGAAUAUUACUUGAAUUGUUCGUCUAGGAGACGAAAGGGGGGUCUUGAAAGAUCCAACUCUAUGGUUGUUGAUAAUCCGAACACAGGUUCGACGAAUGCCAAAGUGUCUCCUGGUUAUGUUGGGCCUCGGAGACUGAAGUUUCACAGCAUUGGUGGGGAAAAAGAUUUAGGAUUGGUGAAAAAACCGGGGUGGUGGAAUUGGAAGGUGAAGGUAUGGGGCAAUCAGAUUAGUAAAACCGAUGAAUUCGACCGAAAGUUAAGUAGAAGUAAUAGCAGUGUAAGCUGGAGGAACAUGGUUGAAACCGGUGACGAUAACUGUGAAAGAGAUGAGUUUGUAUCCGAGAAGGAUUCGAACCACCACCGUGCUAGUAACGGGCUUCUACGGUUUUACUUAACGCCGUUACGAGGUAGCCGAAGAAGUGGAACUGGAACAGGAACCGGAACCUCAAAGUGUAAGGUUUCUAGCAAGGGUUAGGUUUGUGUUCAUGUUGAAUUGGUAUUUUACUUGGAAGUGAUAUUGUUGAAUAACCAAACCUGAAUCCAAAACCAAGUAUCAGAACAACGUUUGAAUGCGUAUAUCGCUAUUCUUAAUAACUUUGAACCUAAA